UUUUUGGUGGUAUUCCUGGUGCCACAGUGAAAGGUUGUGUCUUCCAUUUUACACAGGCUGUGUGGCGCAAGGUCCAAGAAGUGGGACUGAAGCCAGCAUACUCUCGCCGGGCUACCAUCUACAACUACAUUUGUCAGCUUCUGUGACUUCCAUUUCUCCCAUACACACAUAUUGAGCCAGCAUUCCAAGUAUUGUCAUCAAGAGCAAACAGUUUACCUCUACAUGACCUCAUCUCCUAUAUGGAACAUCAGUGGAUGAACCACCCAAUCUUCACCAUUGAGUCAUGGUCUGUGUAUGGUCUUACCAUCCGCACCAACAACGAUUGUGAAGGGUGGCACAACAAAUUGAACCGAAAGGCUGGGGGCUUGAGCUUGUCAUUUUACAGACUGGUACCUGUCUUACAGUGUGAGGCUGAAGAAGUGUCAUAUGAGUUGCGUCACCUUAGAGAUGGUAUUUCUACGCGUCGUGUUCGUCCAGCAGCACGCAAGAUUGAGGAAAAGAUAAGGGAGCUUUGGAAGAACUAUUCUGCAGGGAAUAUUCAGACCAGUGAAUUUCUUGAAGGCUGUGCCUCGGCAUAUGGUCCUCAGUGUGAAGAAUAAACAUUUCAGGUUGAAAUAAUGUGAAGUGAUGAGUAAAAACUAUUAAGAGGAGUGACGUGAAGUUAAUGUGGCUUUCUGUAAAAACUUUUAAGAGGAGUGCUUGAAGUUAAUGUGGCUUUCUGUGACUGUUUAAUAUAACAGACAUUGUUUUUUGUAUUAGAAUUAAAUUAUCUUUUUUAAUAAUUUUGAUAUAAUUUACAUUUUUUGUGAUAUGAUCAUCAAUGAGCUUUAAAAUGAA